AUGGGAUCUUGUAACCCAGGAGAUAUUCCCACAAGGCAUAUUUUAUGUUUUAUGUAUGUUCUUGGAUUUAUAUUUGUGUUUAUGAAUAGAGUGAGUUUAAAUUUAACAAUUGUUGGAAUGGUAAAACCAAUAUCAGUUGGAAACGGUACAGAAAAAGAAUUUUUGGAAGUUAAUAUAACAUCAGAUAAUUUUAAUCAAAGUUCAUCAACAAAUGUUGAUGAGGGAGAAUUUGAUUGGAGUGAAUUUCAACAAGGGCUUAUAUUAGGAUCAUUUUUUUAUGGAUACAUGGCAUCUCAAAUACCAGGGGGUAGAAUUUCUGAAAUUUGGGGUAUGAAACCAGUUUUUGGAUUAUCAGUUUUAAUAAAUGGCCUCCUAUCGAUUUGCAUACCAUUUUCUGCCAGGCUACAUUGGAGUUUAUUAUUUAUUAUAAGAAUACUUCAGGGUCUUGCACAGGGAGUGACAUUUCCGGCAUUAAGUUCAUGUGUUGCAAAAUGGGUUCCCCUGAGUGAAAGAGCCAGGUUCAUUGCUUUAACAGCACAAGGAUGUUCGGUCGGUCCUGUAAUUACUUUACCCCUUUGCGGGUGGAUUUUAACAACGUGGGGGUGGCCUGCCGUUUUUUACACGACCGGAUUACUAGCAGUAAUUUUUUACGGAUUUUGGCAGUAUUUAGUCUACAAUACUCCGGAAGAACAUCCGCGAAUAUCACCGCAGGAAAAAAAAUUUUUAGAAGAAAAUUUAAAAGAUGUAUCGACAGGUGAAACCGGUCCCCUUCCGUGGAAAAAAGCUUUAACCUCUGUACAAUUUUGGUUGGGGGCUGCGGCUCAUGUCGGUAGCGAUUGGGGAUUUCAUACAUUUUACACAUUCGGUCCUAAAUACAUAAAAGACGCUUUAAAAUUCGACAUUAAUUCCAGUGCGAUUUUAUCUAGUUUACCCUUUCUUUGUCAAUAUCUUUCAGCGACAAUAAUAGGGAUUUUAGCUGAUAAAGCAGUUACCAACUAUAACGUACCGAUAAGACGCGUCAGAAAAGUGUCAGUUUUUAUAUCUCAUUGCAUGCCUGGUAUGCUAGUAAUCGUUUUGACUUUUAUCGGUGACUACGUUAACCUAUCUGUGGUGGUUUUAACAUUGGCCGUGACCAUGUUGGGUGGUUUGUCUACAGGACACUACCCCAACCCGAUUGACAUAGCACCAAAUUUCGCAGGAUCUUUAACGGGUGUCGCGAAUACUUUAGGCGCAUUAGGAGGUAUUCUUUGUACAACCAUAGCGGGUGCAUCCCUACAAAAUUUUGGCACACCAAAAGGAUGGCACGUUAUUUUUUACGUGGCUGCUUCCGUAUACGCAGUAACGAGUUUACCAUUUAUAAUAUGGGCAAAAUCCGAAGAACUCCCGUGGAAUUCAAUUAAAAAAAAAAAUUCAAUGGUGGAAUUAAAACAAAUAACUAGAGAUGAAAAUGGUGAAAGCGUAAAUUCAAAACUAUUGUCUCAAAAUGAAACAUAA